AUGGCACCUCGUCAGGCCGGGUACCUCCGGGUCCCGGGACAAGAAGAGGACUCGCCUUACGGAGACCACCACCAGCAACGGCCCCGCCGGAGUCGUUCCGGAUCGUCGGGGCGGAGGAAGAAGCCCCUCCCAAGCGAAAAGCCACUCCCUGCCCUCCCGCCGGUCACUCCCACUGACGCAACCUUCCCCAUUGAUUUGAGUGAUGACGAUCACCACGUCUCACCCAACGAGCGGAGCUAUCGCCGCGCGACGGUUGCUAUCGGCCUUGCCAUCCUUCUCACCCUCCUAGGCUUCGUCAUCGCGUUCGUAGUAUUGGGAUUCGCGUGGGAUGUCGGCGGUGUAAGAAAGGGCCCGUCAGGAAUUUGGAAGAACCUGAGCGAUGAUGAGUGCCCUUGUCGACCAGACGAUGAUGUGCCGCAGUACUUCAGGACGAGCCCCGAACUGUGGGCUGGCCCGACGGCGACGGGUAAACCUGCAUUCAUGGCACAAACGAGGGUCUUGCCAACAGGGAGUUACGUGCCGAAUGCUCCGCUGCAGACAGACGUGCCAAUUAAGGGGAUGUCAGGUGCCAAUGAGAGUAUCUUCAACAUGAUGGGAUACCUUACGCCGUAUCAGCCCAGUCCUGGGUUUGGUGUUGAGGAGUAUGCUCUCCCGGAGGGUGCGGAUAUUGUUCAGGUUCAGAUGCUCUCCCGUCACGGGUCAAGGUAUCCGACAUUAGGCUCCAACGUCUUCGAUUUUGGACAGAGGAUCGCCAAGGCUCAAGACAAGCUCAAAGUCAAGGGCGCUCUGGGUUUCUUGAAGAACUGGAAGUAUCAACUUGGACAUGAAAUUCUCGUACCCAAGGGUCGUCAGGAACUCUUUGACUCGGGUAUCUUGCAUUCGUACAUGUACUCUUCUCUUUACAACCCGAAUAGCAAGAUCAUCGUGCGAACUACAGUAGGAUGCGACCCCUUUUUGGAACGCACUGUAUUUGAUGACUGA